GUCGCGACCGGUCGCCUCGAAAACGAAACGCGGACGCCGUGUCCGAUCCGGGGUUGUCACUCGAAGAAGCAUCCCUCGCGCGUCCUCGCCCAGGGCCGGCACGCAUGCGCGCGACCACCUCGACGAGGGCCCAGGAGCCGCGACGAGACGCGCCGUCGACUACCCACGGCGGUUAGGAGGUGCGCCAUCAUAUGCCCUUAAACGCUUUCGCCCGGGAACCGACUGACCAUGCUGCCUCUUCUGGUCCUUCUUCUGUGGAGCUGCUCUCCAGCAGCCAGCCAAAGCAACUAUGCCUCCCAGGGGAACAGCAUCGAGUAUCAACCAGGAUUACCGCCGAGCACGGUGCUGGAUGGUCAUGUCACCAAGCUGGACGACAUCUCUUCGAUGAUCUUCCUAAACCGCACCAAGGCCUUCCUGAACUGCAGCCAGGGUAGCAUGGAGGUCGAGCUGAAGUUCGAGGAGCCCUUCUAUGGGGUCGCCUACGCAGAUCUCGAAAAGAACACCGCCUGCAUGGUGAAGGGACGUGGGCUGAACACCGCCACCUUGGAGCUGCCCCUGAAAGGAUGCGGCACCAGGCAGGACCCACAGCGUGUCUUCACGAACAACAUCGUCGUGAGGUUCCAUCCUGGGCUGGAAAUGGAUGGCGACGAGGUCAUCACUAUCGUCUGCAGAUACCCACCACCGUUUGCGCCUUCGCCACCUGCCCCACCGGCUAGCAUCUUGGCGACGCCAGCGCCGCCAUUGAUAGCAGAGCCGGCCCUGAAGGGCUUCCAGAUCCUGAUGAUCAUCUGCGCCCUGUUGUUCCUGUCGCUCCUGUUGCUGGGUCUAGGAUGUUCCUACAUGUGCCUAAAACGCCGGCCAAUCCGAGUCAUCCAUCGUCAACCUUUCGGCAGUGGAACGGGGUCAGAAAUCACCAAACUCUCCGGAUCCUCCCUAGGGAACAUCUCCAUGUUCGAGGGCCUGAAGAUCCCUAGGGCGCAUGCAGUGAUGCAUGGCGCAGCAUCGUCCUUCGGUAGCGAGGUGAACCUGGUGGUGGAUCAUUCGGACACGUUGCCCAGUGAUUACCCCUCGGAGAGCCACUCCGAGGUAGACGAAGAGCGGUCCUUGCCGGUCUCUUCGGCCGGUUCUUACGACAACAAGAUCUUCAUCCAACAUCAUCAGCAACAGGUCGAAGCUCGCAUGUCCGGGUCUCUUUACUCCGAGUCGGUGGCGGAUGCAGAAACGACCGCCAUCACCGCAGCCAACGCCUCCAGGGUCGGAGUUCCUCGGCAUCCGGUCGCCUUGCCCAUCGAGCCGAAAUUCGACGUGCAGAUGAGGGUGAAGAGGGCACCUCCACCACCUCCAAGCCCGUUACCUUCGGAAUCCGACGCUAGCGUCGCCCUCGAGAGGAACCUCACCACCAUCCUCGAAAGGGAGGAGUGUUACAGGGAAUCCGUUGACAGUCCCAUGGGAAGAGGCGUCACCACCUUCACCUACGUCCCGGAUAUCCACGUUCCCGCGGGCUCCCCCGUGUCCAGGCAGCAGACGCCUCCAGUGUACUCCAGGAUUCUCAGGAAGCAGGCCGAGCGCCAUCAGGAGAUCGUAGAGACGACGACGAGCCCUGUACCGCCAUCACCACCUUCGUCACCACCUCCAGCCCCCACUGCGACGAUUCUGCGUCGACCUCGAUCCCUGACCUCGUUGAGCACGGAGAUGAUGGAGGCGAGGUCGAUCACGGAGGUGACCGACGCCACCCACGCGAAGUACAGGGUGGCCAGCAUCCUGGCGCCGACUCCUCCACCUCCGCCACCCAUCGUGCCCUCGGAGAGCUACCAGGCCUCCUCGGAGCACUACCGAGAGGAGCUGCACCGAGAACAGGUGGAACCCCUGGUAGAAGCUGUGGUGGCCAGACCCAGGAGACCCGAGAUCACGACCCACGAGGUCGACGACGUCUUCCUGAGGACCGUCACCGAAAAGAAGACCAUUGAGGACGUGGAGCGACACCGUCGUCAGGUGACCGAGUACCGGGCGAGACCCGACCCCAAGUGGGACGUCACCAUCAGGAACUACCCUUCGGAAGAGGUACCCCUGCCGCCCCCUGAGUGGGAGAACUUCUCCGACGUCAGCAGCGCCUCCAACCUGACGAUCACGAACGAACCGAUGCCCCUGACGCCGAACGAUCACCAUGUCGAGCCUGACAUCAGCAUAGAGCCAACGUACACGCCCAGGGUAGAGAUCUCCUGCAGACCCGGGCCCAGGGAUGCUGGACCAGAAACCGAGACCCAGAGUCCACCCUGGUUCGCCCUGGCCAGAGUGCUCGAGCCCAGGUACGCUGCAGAGCUGAGCGAGGACGAACGCUCCAGGUGGCGCGAGAUCAUCACCACGGAGAGCACUCUUAGGACUCUUCUUACCGAGGCCGUCGUCCGGGAGGACUACGAACUGAUUCGCAAGGACGCGAGAUACGCGAAUCUCUUCCCACCCGCGAAGUGGGACGUGAUCAUCCGCAUCCUGAGUCCGCCGGCCGGGUCGGGGUCGCAAUCAGGCCGCAGCGGCCAACGCUACAAGCAGCGCGGAAAGUCGUCCGCGGAGUGGGACACCAGGUCGCGGCGGUCGUCGCUGCCGACGCUGUACGAGUACGAGAGCGACGGUGGAAGCUCUAUGAGGACUAUCGGGCAGGAACGACGACCUGCCGGUCUGCUGCCCGGGACGCGGUUCCGCAGACUCAGCUCGACGACCCGGGGCGGCAGCGAGGCGGACCUGCGCUCCAUGUCGGAGAUGACGGUGCGCGACUUCGCGCGGGUCGACCGGGACGACCUGACCAGCGUGAGCUCCUACGAGGCGGAUUCGCUGGCCAGAUCGCUGAGCCAGCCGAGUCUCGCCAGGUCAGGCUCGGAGUUCACCGAGCACUGGGGCGUCCCCGCCGGCAGGGGCCUCCCGACCUGGACGACCGAGGAGCCCAGCUCCGCGGAGACGACGCCGCGCGUCGCCCGGCGGUCCGUCGUCGCCUCGUCCACCGAGACCUUCGCCAGGGCCGCCAGGUUCGCCGGCCGCGAGAGCGUCGUCGCCGAGAGCCAACGCUCCUCCAGCUGGUUCCACGACGACUCCGAGCCCGAGAUGCAGAUCUGAACGCCCCGGCUCCCACGAGAAGAGUGCCGGUCCUUUAGCAACCAGGUCUGAGGACGUUUUCCUUGGAGGCUGAAGACGCUGCUCCGGAGACACGCCUCGUCGCGGACGACUCCCUUUCGGCGGGCCCGACCGCGCCAAACUUUCCACUGGCCACUCGCCUCUGUUCCUUCCUCUAAUCCUAACACUGCCUCCGCGACUGCUCGCUAUUGUUCCAUGAAUCGCAAUACAGUGGAAUGCACACGUUUUGUACACGCAAAUGCGGGAGAAAUGCAGCGGUUUUCACCCUACGAAUGAUUUUGUUUACAAAAUGGGAUUUUCAGACCACACAUCACGAGUGAUUUUGUUUACAUUUGGACUAUAACGUUUUUGAAUGAAGAUUAUUCCAGUAAUUUUGAGAACAUACAUACUUAUAAGCGUUUAUCACGGUGAACGUUUAAAUUACGACCAUUACACAUAAUAAUGACGUAAAUGUAACGUAGACCCUGCGGAAACGUUGAUUUCAAUGUAGAAGAGGCGGAUAUUGGAAUGUGCAAUGGAUGUUUAGAGUACGUUUAAACGUGUAUUCCCCUGAUUCGGGUUUAUUGGGACUUGCGAUUACUUGCUAAGUCUUUCUUCUCGGCCUUCUCGAGCCCGCCGAGUCCGAGUGGCACUGUAGAGUCCGGCGCCAGGUGCACGUACCCAGGUCGAACCCCUCGUCGGGAUCCUCGACGAGGACGAGGCGAUGAGGACGAUACAUACUUAGGUCAAAUAUGGUGCUGGGUCUACGCUUCACGAUACCAUAGGUUUAAGACUUCGAUAACGCCCUCGGACGUACCAUUAUCCGCACGAAAGUACGUUCCUACGGAUGCUGCGCGACGACGGGCUGGUCUCGGACCUUCAGAAAGCGCGAAACCUCUAUCCAGGGUCUAAAUAACUAGGAAAUAAUUGCAACCGUACUAUACAAAUGUGAGUCGAUGUCUAAGCUUCUCUCCCAGCAAACACAGUUAAUUAGUCUACGUGUAGUUUACGUGUCGUUGAUUUUAGAAAUAGAGAAACGUUGUAGGUACUCUACUAACGUGGAAGGGAAAGUCUGUUAGACAUGGCUCGUUUGCGUCGCGAUUAGAUAUCCUGAACAUACGUCAUAGUUGUGUAGGCGAAGCAUUUUAAGGUGUAGUUUAUGUGAAAGACAUAUGUCAAAGAUAUAUAUUUACAGGUAUAUAUUAGUUACUGACUCAAUACAGAUAUUUACGUAAAUUUCAUACGUAUCGUAUGGAUGACCGUAAUAUGAAAAAAAAAAAAAAACUGUAUUACAUAGGUGGAAGAUGCAGAAAUGCGGCGAACCCGCUGCACGGACUCUUUGUAACGGUGCUGUAUCUUCGGAAUGUAUCUACGCUAUGUAUCGAAUGCCGAUCACUACGAUAUAUAUUUCUUUUUACACACGGUAUAUGUUUCACGAACGCCCGUGGCGGUUCCAAAAAAGAAAAAAGAGUGUACAUACUUUACGUUCCUGCGUAACGUUAUGGUUACGCAUUUAGUGGGCUGUGUUUGUUGGGACGGAACAUCGUUUGCAUGAUUUAUAUUUAAUUGUACGUUGAAAUGUAACAACCAGGGGAAGGUAAUCCUUGGGAUUUUAACUUACAACCCAAACGGUUGUAACUUAUACAACGACGUAGGAAAAAAUCCUUGGAUUAUGCGAACAUUGCCGGUAAUUUUGUGUAAUUACGGUUAUUCGGGUGUGAAAAUGAAAGUGCGUGUAGGUACCUGUAUACAGAGUGGUAGAGAGCAAGUGGUCGAAAAUGCGGAAAUUUGAUAAUCGUGAUAAGAAUAUCGUCGCGCAGCAUAUCCGCAAACCCGGCUUGAACCGCGGGGGUUGCACUGUAAGCCCGAGUGGAGCCCCUGGAAUAAUGACUUUUAAUACCUAAAAAUCAAGUAGAGACAAUCAAAAAGUGUUUCGAAGCACUGCAGGCACUGCCGUAACCUACGUGGCUACGUUCGCGCAUUUACGUAAGCAUUUACGACGUAAAAAGUGGAGUCGUUUACGAUACACACCACGUAACUCCUCCGGUCCCUCCUACUCUCCCCUCUUAUUUUUUUGUUCUACCCUUUUUAUUUUAUUCUUCCAGCGCGAGCGUUUUGCCAGCGGAAACUUUAAACCUUUUUACCGUACCGUUAUCCACCUGAAGAUCGAUACUCUCGGUAUGGGCUCUGUACACUGUAAAUACCGACACGUUGCGAGCGGAAUUCACACGGCCCGCGGUACGACUUCGGUCUUGACAGAAAUCUCUAAUCGACAGUUAACUACCCUAAUCGCUGUAAAACGACUGGUGUACCGACUCUAAAUAAACGUAACGAUGCUUCUACUAAA